AUGUCGUUUACUUGGUUUGAUACCUGGACAAAAUUAUGCUUUUCGUGUUCGAGCUAUAAUUGUGCUGGUAAAGGUUUAUGGACAGAAUGGAUAUCUUUAUCAACUCCACCAAGUCUACCAGGUGUACCAACAUGUCCACCUAGAUUAUUGCCUAAAUCAUCACGUACAGUACAUAUCUCAUGGGAUCCAGUUACUUGUAUCAAUGGUGCUAAAAUAUAUGAAUAUCGACUUGAAUAUCGUCAGUAUUAUACAUCAUUCAAUUCAACUGAUUAUUAUAAUGUUGGACAUGCAUCGAAUAUUCCAUCUGAGAAGACAGUAAUAUGUAAUUCCUUUUGUACUUCUCUUGACUCUUCAUCAGGGAUUGAUUCUACAGAACAGGCAGAUAGUGAUUCUUUUUCCAGUUGCUAUGCAUUCAAUAAAGAAAACAUCAGAUGCAAAGUCAUUUACGCUGGUCCAAAGUUAUCAUUUGAACUAACAGACCUUCAACCGGCUACACUAUUUGCAUUUCGUUUCUGUGCUGUGAAUACAGCUGGUGCUGGUCCAUGGAGUCCUAUAGCUAAGUGCUGGACACCAUCUGCUCCACCUGAUCAACCACACGGUUUAUGUAUUCAUGACUUAAACUCCGAUUCUGCUUUGAUUUUAUGGGUCGCACCUCAGUGUAAUGGGAGUCCUAUUACAAGUUAUACAAUUGAAAUUACCCAAUUUGGUCAUAUUAAAAGUAACAAUAAAUCUGCAUCUGGAAAUCGUAUAAUGCCACUGUAUCCAGAUGUGAAUUACAUUCAAAUACCUGCACCUUGUCUGUCCAAUUACAAUAACAAUCAAAUAAUGAAUUCAAUUGCCAAACAGCAACAUCCAUUCUUAUCAGUGAUGGAUACUUCUACAACUACUGUUGGUGCUAAUACUACUGCUACUACUACUCAUAAUAAUAGUAAUAAUAAUAAUACCCAAUCACAGAAAAAAAUGAUUCAGCAUUAUUUGAGUAAAUUGAAGCCGUCUACAACUUACAUAUUACGUAUUCAAGCAGUGAAUAAAUUUGGUCCAAGUGAAUACUCAGCAAAUAUUGAAUUCACUACACUUGCUCCAUUGCCUAGACCACCGGUAUUUAGUCAAUAUACAAAUUUAUCAUCGAAUACUGUAAAGUUAGAAUGGAAUUUAUCAGUUAAUCCUAUUGACAGUGAUGGUGAUACAGAUUGUAUUGAUAAGAUUAAAGGUGAAGAUAAAGAAGAUGAAGGGAACAAUGAAAAACUACACGUGAAUGAUACAACCUCAUCCUCUCCUCAUCACCAUGGCCAACAGCAAACAAAAAUGAGAAAACAAAAGAUGGAUAUAAAAUCAGAAGAGAGCCAAAUCACCUUCACAUUACAAAUAAGCCGAGAACCUGAUUUAGAAUGGACAACAAUAUAUGAAGGACAAGCGAAUGUGCAUAAAGUGAACCGUUUAUGCGAAUUCACAGUUUAUCACUUUCGUGUUUGUGCUACUAAUACCACUGGUUCUGGGUCUUAUAGUACAAUUCAAACAAUACGUACUCAAAAAUCAUCACCUCCGGCAGUACGAGGAUUGAAAAUUCUUGAAUUAAGUCCAGAUCGUUGUCAAUUAGAAUGGACUCCAGUGAAUCAACUCGGCAUGGAUCCAAUUGUCUAUUUGUUACAUUUACUUCCAGUUUCAUGUAAUCCUCAACAAUCAUCAAACUUGAAUCAGGUGUAUAGGGGAAAUCAGUCAGCUUGUCGUAUAACUGGUCUUAACCCUGGCUCUGAAUAUGUCUGUCGAGUUUGCGCCGUUCGUCUCUGUCAGCCUAACAAAUUACCUGUUGUUAUUAACGGUUCACCUGAUAACGAACAAUCCAAGGUGAAUUCGUCAACAGAUUCUUCUCAGUAUCAAAUCACUGAAUUGCCUGGACCUUUUUCUCCAGGUCUAGUGUUUACAACACCUCGUCCCCAUAAAGACAGUCGUUGUGAUUCGACAUUACCAAACUAUCAUUUGUUUCAACAACAUUCUUCGUGUAAACAAUCAAGUUUACUAAGGAUUUUAUCUUUACCAUUCCGAACUAUUCGACGUAUGUAUUCCUGCGGUGGAUCAUCGAACACCUCCGCCUACAGUACACAUGAUUCAUCUAGCUCAAUAACUCCAACUAAACAUGAUAUGAUUCAUUCAAAUCAAGUGAUUGCUACAGGUACUUCAACAAGUAGUUCAUUGGUGAAUAAUGCAUCUGAUAAACGUCGUACCGUCCUAGUCAGUGCAACAUCAUCUUCGUCAUCAUCAGUACUGAUGGCAACUAUUCCACGUAAUCAAUCGAAACAAUCAUCAUCGAGAAGAUCACAUUCAUCAUGGUUUCGUUUCACUGAUACUCAACUUGCCUGUUUAUUACUUAUUCUAUUCAGUCUAGCAACACUCUUAGUAGCUAUGAGUUUACAAUAUGUACUGAAUAUACACUUGAAGAUAUCCAAUCAUCCGAGUGCCUCAUCAUCAAUCGAUUCAUCCUAUGAAGUGAAGUUGAGAAAUAAUGAAGACAAUAGUGACAGUUCGCUGUUUAUCGCAUCAACUGAUAAUGAUUAUGAUCAUUUUCGUGAAUAUCAUCCGUAA